CUACUCUUCUCUUCUCUCCUCUCCUCUCCUCUUCUGCAAUAAAAAUCGCUGCACGGCGAGAGCCACACCCACUCUCAAGAAAACCUGCCGCUGCGAGUCGCCGGCGAGGCUCCGGAGCGGAAGAAGAGGAGAGGAAGAAUGGCCACCGCCGUCCGACCUCCCCUUCUUCACCAAGUAGCAGGUUCAGAUAAAGCCUCACUCCUUUGCAAACCAAAUCAGAGAGUAUCUGUCAGAAGAAGAAGCUUCACCACCAGGGCCAGCUCGAACCCUGGAGGCGCCAACGUGAGCAUCCCAAAGCAAUGGUACAACCUCGUCGCCGACCUGCCGGUGAAGCCACCGCCGCCGCUGCACCCACAGACGCACCAGCCACUGAACCCCAGUGACCUGGCCCCUCUGUUCCCCGACGAGCUGAUCAGACAGGAGGUGACCGAGGAGAGGUUCAUCGACAUACCGGAGGAGGUCGCCGAGGUCUACAAGCUCUGGCGCCCGACGCCGCUGAUCAGGGCAAGGAGGCUGGAGAAGCUGCUCGGCACGCCGGCGAAGAUCUACUACAAGUAUGAAGGGACAAGUCCGGCGGGGUCGCACAAGCCGAACACCGCGGUGCCGCAGGCGUGGUACAACGCCGUCGCCGGCGUCAAGAACGUCGUCACCGAGACCGGCGCCGGCCAGUGGGGCAGCGCGCUGUCGUUCGCGAGCAGCCUCUUCGGGCUCAACUGCGAGGUGUGGCAGGUGCGCGCGUCGUACGACCAGAAGCCGUACAGGCGGCUGAUGAUGGAGACGUGGGGCGCCAGGGUGCACCCGUCGCCGUCGUCGGUGACGGAGUCCGGGAGGAAGAUCCUGGAGGGCGACCCGGCCAGCCCGGGCAGCCUCGGGAUCGCCAUCUCCGAGGCGGUGGAGGUGGCAGCCACCAGCGCCGACACCAAGUACUGCCUCGGCAGCGUGCUCAACCACGUGCUGCUGCACCAGACCGUGAUCGGGGAGGAGUGCCUGGAGCAGCUGGCGGCCAUCGGCGACGCCCCCGACGUCGUCAUCGGCUGCACCGGCGGCGGGUCCAACUUCGGUGGGCUCGUGUUCCCGUUCAUGCGCGAGAAGCUGGCCGGCAGGAUGAGCCCGGCGUUCAAGGCCGUCGAGCCGGCCGCGUGCCCGACGCUCACCAAGGGCGUCUACGCCUACGACUUCGGUGACACCGCCGGCCUCACGCCGCUCAUGAAGAUGCACACCCUCGGCCAUGGAUUCGUCCCUGAUCCCAUCCAUGCAGGAGGGCUUCGCUACCAUGGAAUGGCGCCACUGAUCUCCCAUGUGUAUGAGCUUGGAUUCAUGGAAGCCAUUGCCAUUCAGCAAACAGAAUGCUUCGACGCUGCCCUGAAAUUUGCACGGACGGAGGGCAUCAUCCCGGCGCCGGAGCCGACGCACGCGAUCGCGGCGGCGAUCAGGGAGGCGCUGGAGUGCAAGAGGACGGGGGAGAAGAAGGUGAUCCUCAUGGCAAUGUGCGGCCACGGCCACUUCGACCUGGCGUCCUACGAGAAGUACCUGAGAGGCGACAUGGUCGACCUCUCCCACUCCGACGAGAAGCUGCGGGAAGCCCUCGCCGCCGUCCCCAAGGUCUGAACACCGCAGGGCGAGCAGUAGAGAUCAAUGGGGGGACGCUGGCACAAAUAAGAUCAGCAGCCUGAUCAUCGGGGGUGUUGUUAACAUGGUGAUUGUGUUCAUCUUCUGAAUAAAUUUGUUCAAUAAUUGAACCAAAAGACACCAAACAACACUCGAAAUCUUGCACAUUGCAGCACUAUCUUCUAAUACAUGCGAGCUUGUCGAAGGUUGCAGUUAUCAUAGUAAGGUGUACAAUCUCGCAAUUAUAAUUACGAUAAAAGGGGUGAUUGCUUGGCUUUCGACGUAU